AAUGGAAGAAGAUAAACAUUUUAGGUGGGGAGUGAUGGAAGAAGGAGGGUGGAGAAAGGGCCCUUGGACUGCUGAAGAAGAUGGCCUCCUCAUUCAAUAUGUCAAUCUGCAUGGUGAAGGAAGAUGGAACUCUGUUUGCAAGCUUGCAGGAUUGAAAAGGAAUGGGAAGAGUUGCAGGUUGAGGUGGGUGAAUUACUUGAGGCCAGACCUUAAGAGAGGACAAAUCACCCCACAAGAAGAAACCAUAAUCUUGGAGCUACAUGCUAGGUGGGGAAACAGAUGGUCCACAAUAGCAAGAAGUUUGCCUGGUAGAACUGAUAACGAGAUCAAGAACUAUUGGAGGACGCAUUUCAAGAAGAAGCCAAAGGCAUCCUCCGCAAGUAACAUUGACAAGGUGAGAGCACGACUCCUAAAGAAGCAACAAUUUCAGCAGCAGCAACAGUUUCAGCAACAACAACUAGCCAAUCAAAUGAACAUUAAGAGGAUGAUGUUGUUCCUUCUCGACGAAAAUGAUAACAGAUUGGCAUAUGUACCCAAUAAGCAAGACACAACCACCGCCACUUACCAGAACAACACGGUUUUCCAGGAACAUGGCCAACAGGAAAACAACAUCUUCAAUGGCUAUUACACAGAAGCAGUAACAGUACCCGAGCCAAGUGGUGAAGGCAUCUUGUGGGAUGGCUUGUGGGAGCUGAACGAUAUUCUUGCCAAUCAGAACACAACCUUAGGGUGCGACAAAGCUGUUGUCGCUGGCCUGGAUACUCCUUUCGAAUCCUCUCUUACUUUUUGA